AUGGUACCGUUAAUCAGUAUUGGUGAUGAAGAAAUUACCGGACAAGAUCCACUUGCGAUCGUUGGUAUCUUGAUCGAUUCGGUUCUGCAGAAGUAUAUGAAAUCAGGAAUAGAACUGAAUGGAUCGAAUAAUUGUGCAAGAAAGGAUGCCGGAGAAGAGAGAGGGAAGAGCGAAAUAAAUGGUACCACAUUGGAUUUUCCUCAAAUGAUUACCUGGUUAGGGCAGUUUCAAAAAAUAAUGAUGCGCUUAGAGGAUAGGGUAGCACUAUAUGGGUUUGUAUAUGAUAACGAUGCAAACACAGACCUCACAAUAUAUUCCAUUGAUCUUCCACUUAUAUCCGGAGUACAAUUCUAA